UUUUUGGGAUCACAGUAGGCGGUCACAUUUGUGCAUUUUGGUUGCCCCGAGAAAGGAAUCUAAUUUACUUUCAUAAUUUUUUUGUUUUUUGCGAAAUGAGUGCUCAACCAAGCCCUUGCAUGAAUCCCCAACAACAACAGCAACAACAAAGCGAACAGGAGAAGGUCUAUCAAUGGAUAAACGAAUUGGCCCAUCCGGAUACUCGAGAGGUUGCCUUGCUCGAGCUUAGCAAGAAACGUGAAACCGAUCUGGCACCAAUGCUGUGGAACAGCUUUGGCACCGCUUGCGCCUUGCUUCAGGAAAUCGUCAACAUUUAUCCAUCAAUAACUCCGCCGACUCUGACAGCCCAUCAAUCGAAUCGGGUUUGCAAUGCAUUGGCUCUGUUGCAAUGUGUCGCCUCCCAUCCGGAGACACGCACAGCUUUCCUACAGGCCCAAAUACCACUGUAUUUGUAUCCGUUUCUAUCGACCACUUCGAAAACCCGGCCAUUUGAGUAUUUGCGGCUUACCAGUUUGGGUGUAAUUGGUGCCUUGGUCAAGACCGAUGAGCAGGAGGUCAUCACAUUUUUGCUGACCACCGAGAUUGUACCACUCUGUCUGACCAUUAUGGACAGCGGCUCUGAGUUAAGUAAGACAGUGGCAACAUUUAUAAUACAAAAGAUACUGCUAGAUGAAUCGGGGCUUUCGUAUAUUUGUCAGACCUAUGAACGUUUCUCACAUGUGGCCAUCACUCUGGGCAAAAUGGUGAUUCAAUUGUCCAAGGAUCCUUGUGCACGUCUUCUUAAGCAUGUCGUGCGUUGUUAUCUUCGUUUAUCCGAUAAUACACGGGCUCGCAAAGCACUGGGCCAAUGUUUGCCUGAUCAGUUACGUGAUGGUACCUUCUCGGUAUGCCUACAGGAUGAUAAAUCGACCAAACAAUGGCUACAGAUGUUACUUAAGAAUUUGGAAUUGGGAGCCACACAGCAACAGGCUGAUCCACGUCAAAUUGGCAUGUCACCGUUGGGAUCGUAGAUUUAUAUAAUAUAUAUAAUACAUGUAUAGAUAGAAUAAUAAUCAUCAUCAUUAUCCUUUUCCCCACCACCUCCCAAUUUUUGUUUCCACCCAAAGUCCCAUUAUCCCAUGAAUAUAAUUGUAUAAGAGAGUUGUUAAAAAAAAAGAAAAAAAAAUAGGAAGAACCACAGACAAAUUACGUUUUAUAUAUAUGUAUAUACAUACAUAUAUAUAUAUGUAUGUAUCGUGAAUGUAUGAGAGAAUAGCUUGCAUGGCAUGCAUAUACCUACUCAUAUAUAUACAUAUAUGUAUAUGUCGCCAAUAUUUAUAUAUCUUAUAGUAUAUUUAAAAAGAUUUGUGAAAUGUGAAGAAUAAGUUCACCGCUGAUAAUUAGAGCAUAAUAAUUAACAAGAUAAAUACACGAAUGUGAGAAAAGAAAAAAAAACAAAUAAAUCUCAUUUUGAUAAUUGUA